AUGGAAUCUUUACCAAUCCACCUACGACCAGGCACCGAUGAGCCGAUUGAAUGCUGGGAUGAUGACGACGACUUGCAGUUCAGCGACGAUGUUCACUUUCGCACCGCAUCUAGCGCGGGGUCUAUAAAAAACUCGUCUUUUCGGCCCUCCGGACACCGUGAUUCCAUUUCCUCUCGACGCUCUGCUCGCUCAGAUAUUGACUCUAAUGCGGGUGACGAAGACUGGCAAGUACCGCUCUAUGACAACGAUGAAUUCGCAAAAGAAGAUGCCAUUGCUUCGGCCAAGACUGCGGGUAUUCCCAUUCCUCCAGAUAUCCCCAAGUCGGCUCUUAUUGGGGGCACGAUCAAGCGCUUGUCAACUCGAAAGACCAAGAAAACCUUUGUUGAUGACUGGUCAGAAGACGUUGAACUCCCGGGCCCUGAAACCCAGUUACAGCUCAGAACUCCUCAGGAGACCAUGUUUCCUGACUCCCUUCGACAUUUGAGCUCCGCUGCUACCAGUCCAGUGAAAUUUACGGCCUCAUUAUCUUGGGACGAGGAAUUCUCGACGCGCUUGAAAUCUACCCUGGGACCACUUGACACCUUCCAGGACGACCAUAAUAGUCUGGAAUCUCGAGAUAUUCCAGCCCUCAAAGCCCCAACUCCACGAUCUUCGAAGAAAUUGAACAUUAGCAAUGCUGGCAGUGGUUUCUAUACGGAACAGGAAGCAGAGGACGACUUCAACCAUGAUUUUGAACUUCCCGCCAAUCAUCAAUCCCUCGAACUAUCCCAUCGAAAAGCGAACUUCUACGUUUCUAGUCCCACUUUGGAGGACUUUGAUCUUGAGUGGUCUGAAGGAAGUAUAGGUGUACGACUUGGCGGCACCACAAGGGAUGGAUGCUCAGUUCCCAGUUCUUCUGUCUCCAUCGCCAGCCCCAGCGUUUCAAGUUGUCUCACUGCGGAAAGUGAAGACGAUGGCCUCGAUGGCAUCGUCAUUCCCGAUGGUCCACUUGAUUUCAGUACUUCUCUGCAGAAGCGACAGACUGCCCAAGCUGAGAAUUUAAAAGCGGAAGAGAGUCAGGUGGAUCACAUUCCUUCUGACGCUGACGACUUCUUUUCUGGCCUUGAUGUCGACAAUGAGAAGGCUUUCUCUUUUGGAAAACCUGCUCUAAAUCCCAACUUAAAGUGCAAGACCGAACGGCCAUCCAGCCCGACUCGUCGAUCUGCAACAACACUCACAUUCACCAGUGCGACAGGAUCUCCACGAACUCGCAUCCCACGCUUGUCUGGUCAUGAUCGAACCCAUUCAACCCACCUUGAGACUGUGUCGGAAAGUGGUGCGCCUCUUUCCAAAUUUCGAACAUCACAAUCGCGUCUAGGGCAUUCGUCUCAAUCGUCAACUUCAAGUCUCCCGGCUCCUAGCGCUAAUCCGACAUCGCAGACUCCUAAACUCUCCGGUCGACGGCUUCUCGGGUCUCGCAAUACCCGAGAAAUUGCCCAGGGUGGCGAGAGUAGCCCUUCACUUCGGCGUUUGAAGACCAAGCGAUCCCUUCCAUCCAUUCGUGGCUUAGGCUCGGCCCCUUCAAUGACCGAGCGACCACCGGUUGAUCGUCCACUCCGCCUUCCCUCUUCCAGACCUAAAACACCAGUGGAUCUCCCCGCAACCGAUGCAAGAUUGCUGGUUAGUAAGUCACAGGUGCCAUUCAUGCCGGCUGGUGUAACGGAAUCCCAACCAUACCAUGCCAGUGUGAAGGGGUAUCGCUCAUCACGUCGCACAAAUUCAGAUAGCUCUGGUAGACUUCUUAGUCCGCAGGGGACAAUAUCUCAACUCUCCCGACCAACUCGCAAUGAGCCAUUCCGUGCUGGCGUUGGCGACAUAAGCGCGGACUCUCUCGGUUCCUCUACAAAGCAUACAAUCACGCGACCCACCAAGAGACGCAAUUUCGGGGAUGGAACAGAGUUGGAGUCGUUUGAUGACCUAUCUACAUCGAUCUUGGCAGAGAGCAAGUUCGUCAAACCCCCCACCGGUAGAGGUGCUCCCAGGUCCGUCCGUGCCAGACUCAGUCAGAGCCGGAAUGAUCCCCCACAUAAUGAAUCACCUCCUCAAUCUUUGACGUCGCAACCAACCUCCAAAUUGCGCGACCCGACACCUAGGUUUGCGCGAGAUACAAAUGCAUCUAGAAAUGCAAGGGAACAACGCAUUGCAUCCAUGACUAUUAACUCGAAAGCCCGUGAACCGAACCCUCUUUCAACGUUCAACUCAAACCGGAAGUCCCAACCUGUCUCAAGGAGUCCUCCGGCUUCUGCAACGAUCAGAAGCCGGAAAGGUAAAUCGAAUUCCAAAUCCACCUCCAAACCGCACUUGAUCAAGCCCAUGGGAUCUGGGGUGCAGGAUGCCAAAUCUGUGAGGGGCAUGCGUUACAACCCUACCAACUUUCGGUGGGAGGGAAAUGAAAAUUUGGUCCAGGAAUUUGAUGUGGCCCCUAAAUCACCCAAAUCUGCCCCGGCUCUCAUCACCAAUGUUGGCGCGAUGCAGAAUGUCCAGACCGUUGGUGGAAUGGUGUUUGAUCCACAUCAGAUGUGUUGGCUCAGAGCAUCUUUUGGAGCUGCUGACGAAGACGACGUGUUUGCCGGUCUGGACGACUUGGAUGACAAAAUCACCAGUAGCACGACCUAUGGACGACAUUCUGGGGCGAUUGACCAAUUUCCAGCAGUUGGGGAUGAUGCAAGUGCCGGUGAAUCCUCUGAUGAAGGGCCUAUGACCGAAGAAUUUGAUGUCGGCCCAGAAUUCAUUCGACGCCAGCGGGUUGAGGAAGACAAGUGGAGACGCAAGGUUGACAAAUGGGUUGGAUUCGAUCGAGGCGAUCAGGACCACGAAAAUCAUUGGAGAUGGAUCAUCCGCGAUUUAGUGGCCUUUGACCACCGGGGAUCAGCAUAG